UCUUUGCGUUGAGUAAGGAGCAUCACUGGUGUGUGAGGAUGGGUAUCUAUGAAGAAAGAGGAGAACUGCUUAAACCGAAGAGGAAGUUGUUUGGCCAGAGAACCCAAGAUGCAGCUUCCAAAAGUGACCAUCAAGUAGAGCUGCUUUAUGCUAUUGGCGGGCUGAGCCACGGCAGCAGCGUUAGCGGUGUGGAGCGCUACAACCCCCUGGACCACGAAUGGAAAGUGCUCGGGUCCGUCUCGAGGCACCGGAGUGGCGUCGGAGUGGCUGCCCUAAAUGGCUCCAUCUACAUGGUGGGUGGCCAUGAUGGUGUGGUGUGCCGUAGCAGUGUUGAGAGGUACAAGCCUGAAACCAACUCGUGGAAGCGGGACGUGGCCCCCGUCAGUGAAGCCAAGCGGGAUGUGGCUGUUGCUGAGCUGGGAGGCUACCUGUACUGUGUCGGUGGCUAUGAUGGGCUGUUAUGUCUCAGCACCACGGAGAGGUAUGACCCUCUGCUAAACAGGUGGUGCAGGAUGGCACCCAUGAAUCGCCGCCGGAGGGGCUUAGGCUUGGCUGUGCUCGAUGGUUACCUGUAUGCCAUUGGGGGGUCUGAUGGUUGCUCUCCAUUAUAUUCAGUGGAGCGUUACAAUCCCACUGAAGAUCGGUGGACCCCUUGCUCUCCACUGCGGACCUGUAGAGAGUACCUUGGAUGUGCAACCUUUCAAGGGAAGAUCUAUGCUGUCGGUGGGCGGGAUGACAUCACAGAACUGCACAGUGUUGAGCGGUUUGAUCCUGUUGCCAAUGAAUGGUCUGCCAUAAUGCCAAUGCAGUCCAAGAGGAGUAAGGUGAGCCUUGCUGCUUCUAAUGGCUACCUCCUAGCCAUUGGGGGAUACGACGGCACCGUUCAUGUAACCACAGUAGAGGCAUUUGACCUGGAGAUGAACAAGUGGAGGCGCUUUGGCAACACGCAAACGAGCCACCCCGGCGGAGGUGUUACUGCAAUCAAAAUGGCUCCCUACGAUCAGGAAACUUCCCAAUUGCGCGAGCAGGAUGGAAGCGGCCAAGGGCCGGGAGGGCUGGGCAUCCUGGGCUUGGACGGGCAGCUGUGGGGAGUCCCGGGGGGUGGAGGGCCGAGGACCCUCCUGGUGAACUGCAAGCCCGGCGGCCUGGGGGGAGACGGAGAUUCCCCGCCAGAGGAUCUUGAUGCUGUCUCCGACUGCUGGAGGUGCGCCCAUUCGGAUGUGGAGAGAUGCCUUGCCCGGAGGAAGGUCGAGGGCUCCAGGGCAGCUACCAGCCCGCCGCCCCGCAAAUGA